AUGGGAAAGGUCAAUGCGACAGGCGCAGCGGCCAGGCUUCAGUCAAGCUACGCCGGCAUCAAGCUGGCCAUCUUAUGUGGCAUCUGCGGCGGCGUACCGAGCCCUGGGACGAAGGACAAGCUUUUUCUCGGGGACGUGGUCAUCAGCAAGAGCGUUUUGCAGUGCGACCUGGGCCGCAAGUAUACCGAUAAGUUCGUCCUAAAAGACACUAUCGAAGAAAGCCUCGGGAGACCCAGCUGGGAAGUCCGCACCCUUAUCGCGUUUUUGGAGACGCGUCUUGGCCGCAGCCGCCUGCAGCAUCGAGCCAGCCGAGUCUUGGAGCAGGUGCAGCAGAUGGCACACAAAGAGUGCCAGGACCUUUACAAACGUCCGGACGCUGCAGAUGACCGCCUGAAGGCCGGGUUAGACCGCGACAGAAUCGCCAAGGAGCACGGCCUCGUCGCCUUUGAGAUGGAGGGGGCUGGCAUAUGGGACGAGUUUCCGUGUAUCGUCGUCAAAUCAGUCUGUGACUACGCGGACAGUCACAAAAAUAAGACAUGGCAGGAUUUUGCUGCAGCUGCGGCGGCUUCGAUGACAAAAGCACUCCUCGAACAGUACAGGCUAACGGACAGCCCAUCCGCUGCACGCACGUGGUCCAUUACCUAUGCGUUUUGGCUACGACAUGAGCACCCUGAUCUGUCGGUAUUUUGGGUGCUUGCAAGCAAUGCCGACCGAUUUAGCCAGUCUUAUUCCAGAAUUGCUCAAGAGUGUAACGUCCCGGGCCACAAUGAUCCUUGGGCUGACGUGCUUGGACUCGUCAAGACCUGGCUGGAGGGACAGGAUUGUGGCCGGUGGCUCAUGGUCAUUGACAACGCCGACGAUGCACAGCUGUUCUUCCCACCGCCUUCCGAGAAUAGUAGCAACCUGAAAGGCGGCUUAGGCCGCUACGUCCCUGAGUGUGCCCACGGGUGUGUCCUCAUCACGACGAGGAACAAGCAAGUGGCGUCAAAGAUUGUGCGCGGGAAAUCACUUAUCGAAAUAGGAGAGAUGAGUGAGAGCGAGGCACAACGGCUCAUACACCAAAUACUCGACGACGAAGACGAGGUUUCUGCCGAGGAGUUGGCAACCCUCUCUUCUCAGCUGGAGCAUCUGCCGCUAGCUCUUGCACAGGCUGCCGCAUUCGUGCAAGAGAACAGCAUUCCAGUUUCCAAGUACCUCGAACUCCUAGAGGAAGGCGACGACAGCUUGGUUGAUCAACUGAGCGAACCUUUCGAAACAGUGGGCAGAGACUCAGAAACGCCACACGCAGUCACGGCUACAUGGGUCAUAUCGUUCAACCAAAUCCAGCGCCAGGAUGCCCUUGCCAGCGACAUCCUGUCGUUCGCCAGCCUCCUGGACCGCCAAGCAGUUCCUGAGAAGUUCAUAGUCGACUUCUGUAACAAAAGGUCAGGGGAAGGCGUCAGCACAUCCAAAGUCACAAAGGCUUUGGGGACACUGAAGGCCUUCUCAUUUAUAUCUGAGGCAAAAGACCGCACCAUCGAUAUGCAUCGGCUGGUGCAGCUAGUCACUCGGGAAUGGCUCGAAAAUCACGACAGAUUGGCUCAGUAUGUGGACCAAGCUCUUGAGGUUUUGUCACGCGCAUACCCGCAUGGUGUUCACGAAAAUCGCCAUCUUUGCCGGGACUGCCUUCCGCACGCCGACGCGCUGCUCCGAAUCAAGGCAACCGAUUUUCAAGAGAGCAAUAUUUGUAGACCAAAACUUUUGCACUGUAUUGGCGCCUACUUAACGUAUGUGGGUCGAUGGAAAGAUGCCGAGCAGAGUGCAUCUGAAUCCUUAAAGCUGCUUAAAGGAGGAUUCGGGAACCACCAUCCUUACACGUUGAGCAGUAUAAACAGCUUAGCGAUGACUUAUUGGAAUCAGGGUCGGUGGGCCGAGGCAGAAGAGCUGUUGGUGAAUGAGCUAGAGAUAGAAAAGAUGAUGCUCGGCGAGGAGCAUCCCGAUACGCUAGUCACUAUGCACAACCUAGCGUCAACAUAUCAGGGCCAGGGUCGGCUGAAGGAGGCAGAAGAGUUACAAGUGAUAGUGCUAGAGACAAGAAGGAGAGUGUUUGGCGAGGAGCAUCAUAGGUCGGUGGGAGGAGGCAGAAGAGCUACUGUUGAGGGUGAUAGAGAUAGAAAAGAGGGUGCUCGGCGAGGAGCAUCCCAAUACGCUCGUCAGUAUGAGCAACCCGGCACACACAUGGAGAGGCCAAGGACGACGGGACGACGCCUCGAUGCUGAUGGAGGACUGCGCACGCCGCAGGCAGAAACGCCUUGGUUCGAACCAUCCAGAGACGAUUUCCACCAUCUCUGA